GACGCGCAUUACAUUAGAUAACAAAAGCAAAACUAUUUAGUAUUUAACUAGCAUAAUAUUGUGCGCGUUGCUGUGAUAAGCGAUGAAAAGUUUUACGAAAGUUCCAAGCUCACGUCUACAGCAGUCGCAUCGGAAACGGGUCUGACUAAUUUUACCAUAGUUUUUAUUGCUAUUAUGAACGACUGUGCCGUUUGCAGCACGUAAUUAACAGGAAACGCACUCGUUCCAGGCCAUCAAUAUGGGCAUAUUUGGUAAAUCGGCCACCGUCGAUCCUAAGGACCAAGUUAAACAGUGGACGUCGACCAUACGCAAAGAGACGUAUAAGCUGGACCGUCAGAUAAGAGGCAUACAACGAGAGGAAGAAAAAGUGAAACGUUCGAUGAAAGAAGCAGCCAAGAAGGGAAACAAAGAUGUGUGUAUCAUUCUGGCUAAAGAAAUACUGAGGUCACGCAAAACCAUCAAUAAACUGAUUACUUCCAAGACGCAUAUGAGUUCUAUACAAAUGCAAAUGAAAAACCAGCUGUCUGUGCUUAGAAUGGCUGGUUCACUGCAAAAGUCUACAGAAGUAAUGCAAACAAUGCACAAUUUGAUCAAAGUACCUGAAGUUGCAGCUACUAUGAGGGAUUUGUCCAAGGAAAUGAUGAAGGCUGGAAUCAUUGAAGAAAUGUUAGAUGAUACAAUGGAGAAUGUAAUGGAUGAUCCCGAAGAUAUGGAAGAAGAAGCGCAAUCAGAAAUCGAUAAAGUAUUAUGGGAAAUCACAGCUGGAGCAUUAGGUCAAGCGCCUAUGGCAGUUACUGAAACACCAGGUGGUUCAGUACUUCAAGAAACUGAAACAGUUGAAGAGGACGGUGACCUAGAAGAAAUGAAAAAUCGCUUGCAGGCGUUAAAAAGCUAAACAAAGCUGUUAAAUUUAUACAAUAUACUAUGUCCUUAAACAGAACUUAAUAUAAAUUAUAAAUUCAAAUAAUUUAAGUUAAGAAACAACUAUUAAUUUUACUAGAACAAUUGGAACACUAAUGGAUUUUUUUUUAUAAUUAUCAAUUGGAAAUUUGUUAAGGUUCAAUAUAUUUUUAUCAAAUAA